AAAUAAAGCAUCUUCAUUGAUUAGACAGAGUCUAGCAUAGCACACAGAUUAAUUUUUGUUGUGUGAUUUACAGUUUGUGAUCUCCAAUUAUUUAAGACAUAGUUAUCUCUAUCUCAAGCUAAUAUUUCUAUCCAUCUUCAGUAGUUAUUUAUUAUGUCUUAUCACCAUUGUUUAUUGGAUGAAUCACUGAGUGAAGUCCAAUAACACAAGAAUACUUUUUUGUCAACAAUAAAUUACUUAUCUUAUCAUUUCAAUAUUAUCUCAUGAUAAUGGAAGUUCAAUGAAAUUUAGAGUGUGACUCAUGCUGUUACUAUGGUAACACUUAAAAAUAAUCAGUAAUAUAUGAUUAUAAGUUUUAUCAAAAGCAUUUUCCUCCUAUUACAUUGUUGAUGUUAGUAUAGAUUCAAACUUUGUUGUGAUCAUUUUCCCGUAGCCUAGUUCUUGAAGAACUUCUUUGAAGAAUGUUUGGCUCCUUAUCUAGCAUUCCUCUUCUAUUCGUAAUUGGAAUUCAUGUAAUUGUUGCAGCCGACUCAGAGGCGUUUGAGACCUCAUGUAUGAAACAGAAAACCACAUAUGGCUAUGAGUACAAUGAGCUUUUCAAAUUCUCCAAUAAAAGCUUGGUGAACGGCACUGUGUAUUUGACGUUCAGAGUGCAGGCAACCAGCAAUGCUCACGUGAUCUUCUCUGUGGGACCAUCGCUGGACACUUAUGGCCAGAUCUACGAGAUCGUUUUGGGAGCGGGCAGAAACACUUUCUGCGACAUACGUCGCUAUAUAUGGAAGAGAGGGGCUGUCUCCAGGGCGAGGGUUUCGCAAAAUGAUCUGUUGUCAGGCAGUGAGCUGCGAGAAUUUACAAUAUCAAUUUCGAGAGAUGGAAUGAUUGAGAUCAGAAAAAGUAGCGACGCAAUUCCUAUUCUCUAUUGGAGAGAUCCUGACCCGAUUCCCAUAAGUUACUUUGGUUUUUCAACAUGGACCAAUAUCUAUGGGAUCUGGUACUUCGAUUGCUAUGGUGUAGGAACAUCCAAAAUCGAUCGACAUCUCACUUUCACUGAAUCACUGAGGCGAGAUUUAAUACAGGGAUAUGAUCGUUUUGCUAUCCCAUUCAAUAUCACUGAAGAUUGGUCGCCAAUCAAUGUCAGUUUUAGCCCAUAUCACGUGGAAUUGGUAAGACCUACCGUAUAUUCAAUCAGUUUGACAAUUCAUGUUAAUUCAAUUUUUCAGAUAUCAAUUUCGAGAGAUGGAAUGAUUGAGAUCAGAAAAAGUAGCGACGCAAUUCCUAUUCUCUAUUGGAGAGAUCCUGACCCGAUUCCCAUAAGUUACUUUGGUUUUUCAACAUGGACCAAUAUCUAUGGGAUCUGGUACUUCGAUUGCUAUGGUGUAGGAACAUCCAAAAUCGAUCGACAUCUCACUUUCACUGAAUCACUGAGGCGAGAUUUAAUACAGGGAUAUGAUCGUUUUGCUAUCCCAUUCAAUAUCACUGAAGAUUGGUCGCCAAUCAAUGUCAGUUUUAGCCCAUAUCACGUGGAAUUGGAUUCAAAGCAAGAACAACUAAUAUUGGUUGGAAAAUUUUUUCUGGCUUGGAAGGAUGAAAAACUGAAAUGGGAUCCAGCCAGCUAUGGCAAUAUAACUUCAUUGCAGCUCAUACAUGGAGAGAUUUGGAAGCCUGAGCUGAUUCUUUACAAUGCUGCUGGUCAUGGAGUAAAUCCUCUGGGGCCGAGUGGAAUGGUUGUCUCCAAUAGAGGAGAGGUAAAUUGGAAUCCAAACUCCAGACUACAGACUCGAUGUUCUUUGGAAUUCAAAUACUUAUUCAAUGAGAAACAUACGUGUGAAAUACAACUUGGAUUGUGGGCGACUCAGGACAUUUUCAGACUUGUCUGGGUGGAAGUUAACUUGCAGGACAAUGGGGUAGCACCUCCGAAGCCAUCAUCAUUGGAACAUUUGAAUGUAACUACAAAGUGGAUUGAAACUCCAUGGUAUGAUAAUAAAGGCAAUGAAAAUUUGGACAUUAAUGGAAAAAGCAGCAACUCGGUGCUUGCGCUGGCAAUGACUGUAAAGUCAAACGAUGAUAACCUCUAUUUAUUUGUUGUUAGUUUACCUGUAAUAGUAUUUACAGUCAUGUUCCUCACGUGCUUUUGGAUACCUUCGUGUGAUGAUUUCAGAGGUUGUCUAAUGGUUUCAGCUUCUAUGCUUUUCAUGGCAUUCUACAAAUUUUUCAGUCUAUUCAGAUCAAGAAACUAUUUUGUUUUGGACAUCACCUAUGCUUUGUUUGCUGUAUGGUUAUGUAUAGCUGGGGCAGCAUCAUGGUUUGCUAGCUCUUUGAGAUCACGUCCAGGAAGUACGAAACCAAACUCAAUUUUGCUUUCAAUAGUGAAACUCGGAUUCAUCAAAAGCUUGUUUUGCUUACCUGGAAGAUCUACUGAGGGCAUUGAUGAGCAGCACAAUAAUGUGGCUGAAGAAGGAGAACAGCCUGGAGAGUGGUAUGCACAGGAAUGGAAAGCCAUCUCCGUAUUGGUUACUCGGAUCACAUUCUACGUCUCAUUAGUCGGUGUAAUUUUAUACUGGCAGUACCAGUUCUGACACAUUAAUUGUUUUUCAAUGUAGAAGAAACUUCAAAUGACUCUUGUCAGCUAUAUAUUUUUUGUUUUUAGCACAGUAGCCUACAGAAAAAAGGAAGAUUAUGAUAUAGUCUGUUCCAUAUCAUUAUAUAAGUAGGGGAAGGAAGGGUAAAGUGGAAUACUUAACUUUACUCUUAUAUGAGAAGCUGUAUUUUUGUUUAUUCAGUAGUAAUUUUUGUGUUCUUAGUUGACUUGGUCUUAAACUCAAGUCAACACCUAUUCAUUCUGAAUUUCCUCCAAUAGUAAUUAUUAAUAGAAUUCAGUAAUUUAUUCACCCUUUAAACAUUCAACUUCACCCAACUGGUUGGGUAAUAAUUAUUAUUCUAAUUCAAUUGGACUCAUCCUAUAAUAAUUUUGAUAAAAUAGUUCAGGCAUUAUCUAAAUAUAUCUACCUUUAUUUGAUUAUAUAGGCCUAUAUUCGACCUAGUACUUAUAAUAAAUAUUCAAUUUCCUAUUAUUUCUUAUCAUCCUAUAAAAAUUAUUGUCUUAUCUCACUCAUUCAUGUAUAUCCCUUAUAGCCUAUUGUAUGUUAGAUAAAUAAACUAGUUUAUUGGGAAAA